CCAGGCGCCCCUGUAAUAUUCUAGUAAUAUAGUAAGUAAAACAUUUCUGUGAAUUCUAUGAGCUUCUCUAGCAAACUAAUUGGACCAAAAGAGGGGGUCAUGGGAACUCCUGAUAUAUAGACAGUUGAUCACAAGCCCAGGUGACCACCUGAACUGGUGACUGGCAUCUGAAAUGGAGAGGGGACGUUCUUGUAGAACUGACACCUUACCUAUAGGAUCUGAUGCUACCUCCAGCUAGAUAGUAUCACAAUUGAGUGAAAUUAUAGUAUACCCAACUGGUGUUCAAGACUUGCUUGGUGGUGUCAGGGUCCCACCCUCACACAUUAGAACUGGGUGCCAAACUUGGGUCUCCCAGUUAUCGUUAAAUUACAACUUAACAGAUCCUUUGAACCCAUCAUCUGGAAAGCUUGAAAAUUUUUAUGUAAAAGAUUAUUCAGAUUAUAGUAUAUUAUAUAAAAUAUUAUCUUAUUCCAUUAUAGAAAUAAAUGUCACAGCGAUACAUGCUGCACCAUGGAUGGACCUUACAAAUAUACCAAGAAAAAGAAGCCAGACAUGAAAGGGCUGUGCGCUGGCCAAGGAAGCAGGGGGACUGACGAGCCCCUUCCCAAGCCCACCCUCAGGGCCUGGCCCAGCUGGGUGGCGCCUCCCAGAAGCAAUGUAAGGCUGCAAUGCCAGACCCCGACCAAAAAUGUCAACUUUGCUCUCAGGAAGGGAAAUAUUCUUUUGGAUUUUUCACGAUCACCGGCUUCCAAGGAGGGCCUGGCUGAAUUUCACCUCACUGACCUAAGAAGCAGCCACGCUGGAGACUACACCUGUGAGUGCUACAGACCAGGGGCCCCGGACAUAAGAUCACCGCCCAGUGAGGUCAUCCUGCUGCUGGUGACAGGAGGUCUCCCUAAACCUUCCCUGCAAGCCCACCAAAGGGGUGUGGUGACCGCAGGAGACGACGUGACCCUGCAGUGCCAGAGGCCAGACAAUAUUUUUGGGCCCAUGAGGUUCGCCCUGCUGAAGGCGGGAGCGGCAGGGCCCAUCCGGCUCCGGACCCCAGCCGGCAGGGAGGCGGACUUCUCCCUGCAGACCGUGACAGUCGGUGCCGGGAACUACAGCUGUGUCUACUUCCAGACCGGGACUCCUUUCUGGGCCUCACAGCCUAGCGAUCGUCUUGAGAUCCGGGUGAGAGUCCCCCCAGGUGCCAUAUCGAGGGACUACACCACGGGCAACCUCAUCCGCCUGGGUCUGGCUGCCCUAGUUGUGGUUAUUAUGGGCGCUCUCCUGCUGGAAGCCUGGUGCAGCCAGAAGGAGUCUCCACGUGGAUCCACGUAGAACAACUGAGCACUUGUCUUGUUCAUGGGCUGGUAUACUGACACGGGGUUCUCUGAACACCAAACUCCACCAUGGGGACAUGCUGUGUUUCUCACCAUGGGCACAAUUGAUACUUUGGGUGGGAUAUUUCUUCAGCACGUGGGACUGUCCUGUUCCUUGUGGGAACAUUCAGCACCAUUUCUUUUUCCCAUUAAAGAGCAGCUGAAGCCCCAGUCAUUGUGGGACAAGAUAAUGAGUGCUAUCAGGACCUUUCCCAACAUUCCUAGAUACGGAGGAUGGGUGGUGGGGUGGUAUUUCCUCGGUGGAGAACCUGUGUUAGGAGGCCAGGAGAAAUAUUUCCUCUCUUCCUUACUCCCUGUCCUCAGGUCUGUCCUUGCAUGCAUUGGCUCCACAGUUACCAUGGGGAAUGAGGAGUCCUUGAUCAAGUCACCAGCUUGUGUGAGAUUUUACUGGUUCUCUUCCCUCCUGGGACAGAAGGCACACCAUGGGGGGAGGUCUGGGAAGUUUGCAGAUGAGAUGAGAUCUCACUCAUCUCCUGACAAUAUCAAAGACACAAAGUGGCCCCUAUGUCUCCUAAGAGUGACACCUGGGAUAAAGUGACCAGGAACUGUCCCCAAUAUUGAAGGCUUCUUGGUGCUUAGGAUGAGAUAAAUUUAGAAUCAUUUGGUUGUAAUUUUUUAUGUCAAAAUCAAAAUUAAUAAAAUGUAUGGCACCAGCUGUCUUUCACUAGUACUAGGAUAUGGAAAAGGUAGACUUUAACCAAAAAAAUUCUACAAUUAGUUAACUGUGAUACAGCAUUCAGCAAUGUUCUAGUAAAA